AUUCUAUGUCCAUUUGAACUUGUUGAACUUGUUGCUUAGACCUGCUCUGUCAGUUUAAGUGUUCCACCUGAUUCCAGCGAUCAGAGAUUGUUGGGUUGUUAGAUUCCAAACAGUUGCUUGAGAAAUGGAAGUGGGGUCUGAAUUAACUAUGGUGAGGAGCAAGAGGGUGGUGUUGAACUCCAGAACUUGCCCAGCUGACAUUGUCAUAAAAGGGGGAAAAAUUGUGGAGAUUCUCACUGAUGGAAGAACAUCAGCACAAACACCGAGAGAGAAGAUUCUGGAUGUCGGGGACCUCGUGGUGAUGGCUGGUAUUGUGGACAGUCAUGUCCAUGUUAAUGAGCCUGGCCGAACUGACUGGGAAGGCUACUGGACAGCAACAAAGUCUGCGGCAGCUGGAGGAAUAACAACGAUUGUUGACAUGCCUCUGAACAGCAUUCCACCGACAACCACACUUGAGAAUUUCCAAAUGAAACUUCAAAUGGCCAGAGGCCAGUGCUUUGUGGACACUGCAUUCUGGGGCGGUGUUAUCCCAGGCAACCAGUCUGCACUUCUCCCUAUGAUUAAGGCCGGCGUCCCGGGUUUCAAGUGUUUCCUGAUCCACAGCGGUGUGGACGAAUUCCCUCAUGUGGCUGAGGUGGACCUGGAGGCAGCCAUGGCUGAGCUGCAGGGUACAGGCUGUGUGCUACUGUUCCAUGCAGAAAAAGAACUGGAGCGAGUGAAUCCUCCAAUACACAGCGAGGCCCCAGAUCCCCGUGAUUACACAACAUUCCUCAAUUCGCGCACUGAUGAUAUGGAAUUGGAAGCCAUUCGAAUAGUUAUUAAACUGUGUUUUCAGUACAGAGUCCACUGUCAUAUUGUUCACCUUUCCUCGGCGGAAGCUGUGCCCAUUAUACAAGAAGCUCGUAAGGCUGGGGCUCCACUAACUGUAGAAACCACUCACCAUUACCUCUCACUAGCUGCUGAAGAGAUACCAACUGGAGCCACACACUACAAGUGCUGCCCUCCCAUAAGGGGCAGAUGCAACCAGGAGAAAUUGUGGUCUGCACUGAAAGCUGGGAUAAUAGAUAUGGUGGUGUCUGACCAUUCGCCAUGUACAGCAGAUCUCAAACGCCUAGAGACUGGAGACUUUAUGACAGCCUGGGGAGGGAUUUCCUCUCUGCAGUUUGGACUCCCUUUGUUCUGGACUGCUGCACGUCAGCGAGGAUUCACUCUGCAUGAUACAGUGAACCUGAUGUGUAAGAACACAGCUAAACUGUGUGGGAUUGAGGACAGAAAGGGAUCUCUUGCCCCUGGUAAGGAUGCAGACCUCGUUGUUUGGAAUCCUGACAAAGAGUUUGAGGUAAAGGAGUCCAUAAUUUACCACAAAAACAAACUGACCCCUUACCUUGGACGGAGACUGUACGGUGAAGUUUUUAUUACCAUUGUCCGAGGCAACAUUGUCUAUCUCCAAGGACAAUUCCCCACCCUACCCAGUGGGGAACACAUCCUGGUCAAUGCCAACAGCGCCACAUGAUCAUGUACUGAAUAAUGAGGAAACACGUGUUCAAUCUUUCUUUUUACACUCUGACAGUCUUUGUAAAGUGUGAUUUCUUCUGUCUCACUGCACUUCUAAAACCAAGGUAUUGUUGGUGAGGGAGGAGGGAGAAGGUGCUGGUAAAAUAACUCAAGAGAAUCCCACCGGAUACAUUUUAUGUUAGUAUUAAACGUGAUCUGCACUCAAUCUCAUUUCUCAGCACAUCCACACAACACAAAGAUUUCUACUCAAAUGUUGAUUCCUCUGAAUUGCUCAUAAAAGACAUUUCCACUGGCGUGUUACUAUGCAAGCUAUUACUGUACGAUUGGUUGACACAUGGCAGCAUUUAAACGCAUUAAACAUUCAUUCAUGUGUGCAGGAAUAUAUCACUUCUGUAAUAAAUUCAAGAGUUUGUUGGAAUGCUGGAAUACGUGUAAAUCCACAAUUUAAUAAAAGUGGUUUAAUUUAAUCUCUA